GGAAGGUCGGCGCAUGCGCCGUAACGUUUGUCAGCUCUUCGUCUGUCUCCGCCGGUGCAUGAAGAGAGCGAGGAUAAACAGCACGACCAUUCCGCCGAGCAAUCUGAGCGCCGACCGAUGGCUCAGUUUGGGGGACAGAAGAACCCUCCGUGGGCGGCACAGUUCGCAGCCACGGCGGUGUCUCAGCCAGGACACUCAGGGCAGUCGCUCGACUUGAACAGUUUGCACUCUCUGGGAGUGCAGCAGCCCUCUCUCCUGGGUGCAUCCCCCUCCAUGUACUCGCAGCAGUCAGCCCUAGCAGCCGCCUCCCUCAACACCCAAUCAGCCGCCAACUACCAGCUCUCACAGCAGACGGCGGCCCUGCAGCAGCAAGCUGCCGCCGCCGCCGCUGCAGCCCUGCAACAGUCACAAAUCAACACGGCCCUGCAGCAGUAUCAGCAGCAGCAGCAGCAACAGCAGCAGCAGCAGCCGCAACCGCAGCCUCAGCCGCCACCUCAGCAGACCCUCUACAAUGUCCCUCACCAGCUACCGCAGCCACAGCAAGCCUUGCUUUCGCAGCCCCCUGUUGCUUUGCCGACCAGCCUGAGCCUGUCAAACCCGCAGCAGACGGCCCAGAUCACGGUGUCCUACCCCACACCACGCUCCAGCCACCAACAGCAGACCCAGCCCCAGAAGCAACGCGUCUUCACCGGCGUCGUCAACAAGCUGCACGACACCUUCGGCUUUGUGGACGAGGAUGUCUUCUUCCAGCUCAGUGCGGUGAAGGGGAAGACACCACAGGUGGGGGACCGCGUCCUGGUGGAGGCUGUUUACAAUCCCAACAUGCCUUUCAAGUGGAACGCCCAGCGCAUCCAGACCUUACCUCAGCUGGCCACGCAGUCUCUACAGCAGGCCCAGCCCUUACCUCCAGCUUCCCCACAGCUGAAGAGCUUUUACUCUGACGCAGGAAUGCCCCGCUACUCUGAAAUGCACCCCACCGUGGACUCCAGACAAAAUAGCCAGCCCCCAGGGCCCAGUAUGAUGAAGCCCCCCAGCGGCCCCACCAUGCUGCAGUCCCUGCCUCCGCCCACCACCUUCAGCGUCCCCGCCCAGGGCCCACCCCCCUCUCUCCUGCAAGCCCAGCUCUCCGCCGCCUCCCUGGCGCCCCUUCUACAGAACCCCCCACAGCCACUGCUGCCCCAGCCGCCCCCCAAAGACUGUGUGUUUUCGGGGGGCCUGCUCCAGUCCCCAGUAAGGAUGAUGCCCCAGGCCCAACCGGUGCGUCGCCUGGACCCCACCCCUCGCUUCCCUAGCCGCAACGACCGCCCAGAACUCAUCCUCAGGAAGGACGACCGCAGCCGUGAACGUGACCGGGAGCGGAGGCGGUCAAGGGAGCGCUCUCCCAUGCGCAAACGGUCCCGCGAUCGCUCGCCCCGCCGGGACCGAUCCCCGAGACGCCCCCGAAGAGUGGUACCCCGCUACACAGUGCAGUUCUCCAAGUUCUCCCUGGACGGCCACAGCUGUGAUAUGAUGGAGCUGCGGAGGCGGUACCAGAGCCUCUACAUCCCCAGCGACUUCUUCCACGCCCAGUUCACCUGGGUGGACGCUUUCCCCCUCUCACGGCCCUUCCAGUUCGGCAACUACUGCAACUUCCACAUCAUGCACAAGGAGGUGGACUCACUGGUCAGGAACACGGCCGUGCUGGACCCCCCCGACGCCAACCACACCUACAGCGCCAAGGUGAUGCUGCUGGCAAACCCCAGCCUGGACGAUCUUUACCAUAAGUCCUGCGCGUUGGCCGAGGACCCCCAGGAGCUGAGGGACUCCUUCCAGCACCCGGCCCGCCUCAUCAAGUUCCUCGUUGGGAUGAGGGGCAAGGAUGAGGCCAUGGCCAUCGGGGGCCACUGGUCCCCGUCCCUUGACGGCGCUGACCCUGAGAAAGACGCCUCAGUCCUUAUUAAAACAGCAAUACGUUGUUGUAAGGCUCUGACAGGCAUUGACCUGAGUUUAUGCACGCAGUGGUAUCGCUUUGCAGAGAUUCGCUAUCACCGCCCUGAGGAGACACACAAAGGGCGGACAGUCCCCGCACAUGUGGAGACAGUGGUUUUGUUUCUCCCGGAUGUUUGGCAUUGUCUUCCUACCCGCUCAGAGUGGGAGGGGCUUUCGCGAGGACUCAAGGAGCAGCUGGCAGAGAAACUCUUGGCCGAGCGAAAGGAGGCUGACGGAGAACAGGAGGAAGAAGAGAAGGAUGAAGAGGAUUUGAAGGAGGUCACAACCCCCACACACUGGGCUAAACUUGACCCGAAGUCAAUGAAGGUGAACGACCUGCGCAAGGAGCUGGAGAGCCGCUCACUGAGCUCCAAAGGGCUGAAGUCGCAGCUGAUCGCCCGCCUCACCAAGCAGCUGAAGGUGGAGGAGCAGAUUGAGGAGGCCAAGGAGCCGGAGAAGCCCGAGGCUGUGGCGGUGGAGGAGGAGGAGACCAACCGGUCAGAGGAGGACCGAGAGGAGGAGGAGCGGAAGCGACAGGAGGAGAUGGAGCGCCAACGCAGGGAAAGGCGCUAUAUCCUCCCGGAUGAGCCCACCAUCAUCGUUCACCCCAACUGGGCGGCCAAGAACGGCAAGUUCGACUGCAGCAUCAUGUCCCUCAGCGUGCUGCUGGACUACCGGCUCGAGGACAACAAGGAGCACUCGUUUGAGGUUUCCCUGUUCGCUGAGCUCUUUAAUGAGAUGCUGCAGAGAGACUUCGGCUACAGGAUCUACAAAGCCCUUGCCUCCCUGCCCUACAAGGAUGAGAAGAAGGAGAAGAAGGAGAAGGCCAAGAAGGAGGGAGAGAAGAGGGAGGCCGAAAGGAAGGACGUCAAGAGGGAGAAGGAGGACGAGAAUGGGGAGCCCGCGUCUAAAAAGCUAAAGGAUGACAAGGAGGACAAGAAGGAGGAGGAGAGGGAGAGGAUGCUGAAGAAGGAGGAGUCAAAGGAUGAGGACGACAACGAGGAUGAGGGCAGCAACAUCAAUGCAGAAGAGUACGACCCCCUGGAGGCUGAGGAGGCAGAUGAUGAUGACGACGAUGAUAAAGACGAUGAAGAUUCAAAUGGGCGGGAUAGGAGAGAUGACAGGAGGGACGACAGGAAGUCUAAAGAGAGGUCCUCUAAAGAUAAGGAGAAGAAGCAGAUGGUCACGCACAACAAAGACCUCCUGAUGGCCUUCGUGUACUUCGAUCAAAGUCACUGCGGGUACUUGUUGGAGAAGGACCUGGAGGAGAUCAUGUAUACGCUGGGGCUCCACCUGUCCCGGGCCCAGGUCAAGAAGUUGUUAAAUAAGCCAGUUGUCAGGGAAUCAUGCUUCUACCGGAAAUUGACCGACCGGCCGAAAGAUGAAACAGCUCCUUCUUUCAGCGAGGCUCCACUGGACAACCUCUUAGGGAACACGGCCCUGGUGCCCUCACACAAGCUGAAGCGGGAGGCCAGCGAGCCCCAUGAGUCGGGGAGCCUGAUCGUCUACAAUGGGGCCAUGGUGGAUGUGGGCAGCGUGAUGCAGAAGCUGGAGAAGAGCGAGAGGGCCAGGGAAGAGAUUGAGCAGAAGCUGAUGACGCAGGAUGCUAAAAUGGAGGAGGACGCGAAGUACAUGCUGCAGCUAGAAACAACCAAUCGCAGCCUCUCGCGAGAGCUGGAGGAGGUGAAGAACAACCUGUUGCAAACCGAGGGGAAUCUGACUGCCACAGAGGAGAGGAGGUCCUGCUUUGAAGACCAGCUGCAUAAAACUGUCACCAGCCUGAACGGAGUAAUUAAGGAACUGCAGGGUGUUUUACAAAAGGAUGUUCCUUUUGAAGAUGCUGACCAAAAAUCACAAGCCAAUGGUUCAGACGAUUAAGCUGCCUUUUUUGAUCUGUCAGGAAUUGUUUCUUUAUACAACUGUAAAUGCACACUAACCAUUCAAAUGAUGCUCCUUUUAUUUGGAUCAGUGAUUUUUUUUUUCCUGUGGCCGUGUACAGUUUUCUGAAUGACUAUUGGUUCAUCAUAAAAGCUUAUUUCACC